AUUCGCUAGCAUUCAUUCGCCGCGUUAACAACGUUGCGUAUACGCCUCGUCGGCCGCGUUGCAUGAGUGUUGGUGAGCCGUUCUGCUCACGUGUGUAUGUGUGCGUAUAUGUGCGAAUGUCUCUUUGUGAGUUCUCUUGAUAUUUUUACGAAUAUUAUUCCGCCGACUUCCGUUUCGAUCGCAUAUAAAAACCACGCCUGUGUGUGCGGCAUAUAAAAUCAUUUCUAAAUUUAUAAAACAAACGCGUAUACACACACUCGCCCCCCGAAAGAAAGAAAUCAAUUAAAUUUGUGCAAAACGUAAUGCCUUAAGAUGUAUAUUUAAGCAUAAAUAUUUGCCAAAAGAGCACCCCCACGCAAAAACAGCCGAAAGCUAAACAACAUAAAAAAGUGGGAAAUAAAAUUUCUAGAUUUAUACGUUGGACAGACAAAAAUCGUUAUAAACACACACACACACACCUUACCUAUUUUCCCGCUGCAUUUGAAUUAUAUUUAUUGUUUUCGUUUAUUUUGUUGCUGCUUUUUCUAUAUGAGUUUUGAACAUUGUUUAUUUUCACAUAAAUUCUUCAGUUGAAAGUGAAAGCGGCAUCGCAUCAUCACCGCAUCGUCGUGAAAUGUUGUUGCCGGCGGUUUGAGAUCGCAAGAAUGGACUAAAAGUUUUAUGCCUUAACAAAACUGACAAUCAAAUGCAGCAAAUCGGACAUUGAGUUGAAAACCUUUAAAACACGAACAUUUGGGCAAAAUGCGCCUGCAACAUCGAUACUCAAGCAAUCCAACUAAAAGUACCAGCAAUGACAAUACAAUAAACACCAGCAGCAACGCCAGCAACAAUAUCGACUUCAAGCGGGCCAAGAAACUAAGUGGCCAGAACAUUAUCAAGUUGCGCUCUGCCAAAGCAGCGACCCCCAAACCGUCGACCACAAUGCCGCCCGCCACCCCACAACCCCUCAGUCGGCAGUAUCCAUUGCUGAUGGAAAAGGAAUCGGAAUCGGAAUUGGAACUCGAUCCCAUCCCAUCGAGUAACCGCAAGGAUGAGGAUGAGGACGAGGAUGUGACCACCACAACCACCACCUCCGUGGAGCUGCGAUCCUCGGCCAGUUCGCAUUACCGCGCCUACACCACCAUCCGCAGCAAUUCGACGUCGGCGAUUCUGCACGAGGCGGUACUGCCGUCCCUCACCCCCGCCGGAAUGCUCUACGCCCGCCCACGCACCCUCAACGUUCACAAUGUCUGCCAGACGCCCGCGCAGAUAACGCAAAUGUUUUUUGGAGAAGUUCUGAAUGCAUGGCGAGCAAAGGCCCGAUGCAAUGUGGUGCCCGACGAGCGAACACAGGAACUCUUCCACGAGCUAAGCUUCCAUCCUAGCCAAAAGCAGAUUAGCGAAAUGCUGCAGACGGCCAAGAAGGUGGCCCGCAAGGGAGGAAGUGGACAGGCGAAUGGCUUGACCUUUGGUCAGUUUUGUGUUCUAGCCGCGGAUCUGAAGCGCUUCAGAGCUUCAACAAUUUCGAAUCCACCGUCGUACUGCGACUAUCAGUCGCUGUCCUCGGGACUACUGCUCCCGGAACAAGAUGAUCCUGCCAGCUCCACCAAGCAACACCAGCAGUCCUCGGCAGCCGCCACCUCAUCACCUGCCUACAGCACCAAAAAGCCGGAUAACCACGGAACCGAACUGAGGAGCACCAAGUCCUUCAGCAGUGUGGACGAUACCAAAAAGAAAAAGAACGCCAGCAAUGAGCCCGUGGAGGUGUUCCUCGGCGGCUCCUGCAAUCCGACCACCUGGCGAGCCGACGUUGCCAUACCAGCCCUCAAGGAGCUGGGCAUUUCAUUCUACAAUCCUCAAGUAUCCGAUUGGACGCCCGAUCUCAUCGAGCUCGAGCAUCGAGCCAAGGAAAAGGCCAGUGUAUUAUUCUUCGUUAUGGAUUCGGAAACACGCGCAUCUGCUGGUGCCAUCGAGGCGGCACACAUAGCGGGUCAAAACUGCAAGCAGCUGGUGUUGGUUUUGCAUCCGUAUAAACCAAAUCAGAAGAUCCUCAAUGAGCCUAUUUCACAGCAAGAAUACCUCGAUUUGAGUCGCAACCAGUUGAUACUUAAGGAGCUGGUCUCCCGUCGCGGUCUACCCGUACUGGAUAACAUACCUUUGGGUCUGCAGCGCACCAAGGAUAUCCUGUCUGGCAUCAGGGAUCCACCGUCCAAAAUAUCUUCUAUAUUAGAUACCGUUCGCGGCGCCUUUGAUCGUGUGAACCCGCAAAGCGAUCUGCUCACCGUGGAACAGUGCAAACGUGCUCUCUUAUUCCUAGGCUAUGCUCAGAGUUUAGUUAAUUUAGACAAUCUAACUAAGAUCAUAAUCAACCAACGCGAAUCGCUGAAAUUGCUCCAAACGCACAGUGCAAGAUCCGGCCCAGAUGAUUUGGAUGUGGAUGCCAGCGAGGGCAGCAAGGGCAGCGAUUGCAGCCAGCAGCCAAUCCUUCCCAGCCAGGAGCUCAUCGACUUUGAUCUGUUCUGUGUGAUCUCGGCGUAUCUGUCCGUCCUGCAGCAGGAGAUCCACGAGAGUGGUUGCAUUUCGCCCAUCAAGGGCACCAAUGUGCCGCCACCGCAGGUUUAUUUCACCAAUGCUCCCGAUGUGGACAUUUACUACUCGGCCAGCAAGAACAUUUCGCGCACGUCGAGCAACGCCAGCGUUCCGUCCAACAGCAGCAGCGGAAUUGGCCAUGACCUGGAGCGCCAGAGUCUGUUCGAGCUGCUCAGUCGCAGCCGGGACAGUGGAACUUCUUCGCCCCAGCCCACGGCAUCGAGCAGUCUGGGCAAAAGCCCACGGCCACAGAUUCUGCUGAAUGUGGAGUCCAUCGAGACAACCGAGAUAAUCACCACCAAAACGAUAGAGACCAAGGCGAACCCGGUGACCGCUUCGGUUGUUGUGCCCGCCGAGGAGGAGGAGAGCGACUCCAAUGACUCGGUCUUCUCCAGCAGCAGUUCCAUAGCGAGUGCCGGCGACGCCCUCUGUUGCGGUGGUGGCCUGGAUCUCCGGGAUGUCUAUCUGGGCGGCAGUUGUGUGCUACGCACCAAGUGGCGUCAGGAGCUGGCCGUCCCCUAUCUGCAGUCCAAGGGCGUCAGCUUCCACACCCCGGCGCUGCACGAGAGUAUCCAGCAGAUGAUCCAUAACCAGAGCCAGGAUCAGGCCAGUGCCAGUCAGCAGCAGCAGACAACGGUGCCGCCGCAGGAACAACAGCAGCAGCAGAGAUCCUUUGUGCGCACCCGCAGAAAGUGCAAGGGCAAUCAGCUGCAGCUGGAGGAACAGGAGGAGCUGACCGUCGCCGAGGAGUCGCUCAGCUGGUCACUGCCACCGGUGGCCGUGCGCCAGAGCCUGUACAACCCCGCCCUGCUCGACUCCAGCCGGGUGCUGCUCUUCGUCAUCACCAACGAGACCCGCUCCCUGGCGCCCAUGACCCUGGCCGCCCACUGCAUUGGCCUCAUGUACAACGUGGUGCUGGCGGUGCAGAUGCUGCCCGAAGACUGUGUCUUGGGUGGUGAGAAGCUGACUGUGGCGGCCAUCAAGGACUACAAUCGCGGACGGUCGUACCUGAUCGACCUGGCCAAAAGGCAGGGCGUUCCUGUGUUUACCGACAUUCGGGCCGCACUCGAUUGCACCGUGGCCAAGGUGAAGGCGUACAACAACCGCGACCGCUGCUAAUUCGUACCUGUAUUCAAGUUCCAGCACGUGACAAUUUAAGCUAAUGUCUAAUCUAAGGCCUAGUGCAAUUUACGUUCUACUCUUAACACCCCCAACCCAACCCAACCCACUAACUUGAACGGUGUCUGAUCGUAUUCGGAGAGCACUCUUCUACCUAGUUAAAGAUAUACGUAAUAUUAUAAUUACCAUUAUUAAACGAGUGUAAAACCACUAAAAUGUCGUCGCCCAGAGAGCGCAUUUCAUAACCUUAUGGAGAAAGUCUUGCAUUCAGCUCCCCUCUCUCUAUAAUCGCUAUAAGCUUCUUGCUUUAUGCUAGUUUAUUAUUUAUUUAACAACCUUCACGUGGUACAUGUGCUAAAACAACUGUAAAUAUUCAAACAUGUACAAUUUUAAGUGCAUACACAAUGCAAAACCAACUAAAAUAUAUAUAUUUUAUAAUCAUAGUGAGCAUUCAGAUAUAAAAUAAUUAAUAACUAUAUAAAAGCCCCAAUUAUGUAUAUGUAUACCCAUAGUGACCCACUGUACCAGUUAGCUGGCAAAAAAUAUCUCAAUAAACAAAUUUUUCUAACA